CUUUUUCGAGCUCCAUCCGUACUAUGCGUAACAGAGGGACAAGCUGACUACUCCCGGCUGUGUUUUUACAGUAAGCCUGGGGCCGAAACAUUCGAUGAAUCGUUGUUAAAAUUCUGACCCAAUAUUGGUCUAGUGUUGAUGGAGUUUGGAGUUGAAGACAACCAGACGAGAAGGACAGAGGCGAUCGGACUUUCUAUUCAUCAUGAUGCCAGGAAAGAGAAGACGUUACGUGGUGUUGUUCCAAACCAAAUACUUUAUGCUUGACAAUGGAACACGGCUGUGAAUGAUUCGGAAGGGUUUUGUCAGUUGUAAUUACACUAUAAGGGGUUUACGGUUGGAUCUUGGGUUCAGAGAGCCUUUGUUUACUAGAUCAGAAAGAGUCCAGCAGUCAGGUCAUGUGAAUCGGAGAGGAGUGUGUGUCCUUGUUUAGAUGGUGAUUAGAUAGGGACUCAUAAGCUGCGCAUGUUACUUAACCCAACCACUGAAACCAUGUCGCGUGUGACAGAAGCGUCCGCGUCGAUAAUAAUUUAACCUGAGAGAGAAAGCAUCUAGGGAGCGGGGCCUCUCAACUCGCCCCUGGCCGGAGGGUGUACGGACCGGCUGUGGUGACAUCACCCCGCAACGGUGCCACCAUGGAUCUACUUGAGUGCCCAAUCUGCCUGUUCCUCAUGUGUGAACCAGCCACCAUGUCCUGUGGUCACUCGUUCUGCCGGAGCUGCCUGGGAAACUACUUGCCAUCCAGGUGCCCAGCCUGCAAGGAAAGAUUUAAACAGAGAGACGGCAAAAACAUCAAGAACAACAUCCUGCUCUUCAGUGUCAUUGAGAAGUGCUGCCCAGAAGAGACGAGGAUGAAGUGCCAUAUUCUGGAGAAACUCAAAACCAGCGAGUACACAGAAGCUUUACGCAUCGCGGAUGAAGGAAUCCGACUAGCUCCUGGUGAUGUAAGUCUGAAGGUGUGGAGAGCGGAAGCCAAUAUGGGACUGAGACUAUUCCCUGAUGCCCUGAAGGACCUGGAAGAGCUCUGCUGCUUUCGCCCCAACUGGACAGAGGGUUUCUUCCGUAAAGGUAAUGUGUUAAUGGAGAUGGGCCGUCAGUCUGAAGCCCUGAUCCAGUUCCACCGCUGUCUUAAACUACAGGCCGAAUUCGCUCCUGCCAAAAGCCAGAUUAAAAAG